AUGGGCACCGAAGACGAGGAGCUGCACCACAAGGCAACCAGUUCCACGGCACCGCAGCCCGAUGCCCCUGAGACAUGUCAGGAGGUUCUCAUCAAGAGACUGCACAUUCUGCCUCUGAAAGAGGCAGAGCUGAAGAUCGGCAGCCAAGGCCGAAUGGAAGUCCUGGCUGACACACUGCGGCAAAUCCGCAAUGACAAGCAGGUGGUGCGCUCGGGAGACAUUUUGCACGCCAAAGAUGCCGAUUUCGUCAUCAUCAAGUCUGAUCCUUCUCAGGGAUGCCUCGGAAUGGAGACGGACUUCUUCUUGGAGGGCUCCCCCCUGCCAUGCUUCACGAAAGUCCAAUUCAGUGCCUGGGGACAGACGCAGAUGACUCCAGAGACGCUGUUUAGACAGUACAUAAAGCCAUUCUUCAAGCGGGAUUACUUGCCCUAUGGCUCCAAGAACGCCCAGCGAGUCCGGUUAGUCCACGCCGGGCAGGUAAUCAAAGCGCGAAAUGACAAGGCCGGCGAGGUCUACCUUCAAGUCGAGGCCACUGAUCCACCAGGGUUGGGCGUGGUCUCUACUGACACAGAGAUCUUUGCACUUUGGGAUACCACACCCGAGUUCGAGAAGGUGCAAAUUCUGCCCUUCCAGGAUACUCUGUGA